AUGGUGAAGGUUGAAGUCCAACCACCGACGCAAGUCCAGGCGGGAGCAGUCAUGUACCCGCCACUCGUCGUGAGUUCCAAGAGCGAUGAUGCCUACGACUUUAUACAGGUUGCCCUUAUUGAUUCCUACGGACGCGUUCUCGAGGACCAACUGUACGGCACACUAACGACAUCCGGCAAGAGUAUGCACGACAGAUCUGCUUCCCGAAGCAGCCGAGUUAAGGAGUACUCUGUCUUCCCCGAUCUUGUCAUCAGCUAUGCUGGCGUCUACGCUCUUCAAGUAAGCGCCAUACGCAUGGAUUAUGCAUCACCUGAUGGUGCGGCGGCAAUCAUCGCCGCAUCAACGACAACGACACAAAUUAUUGCCUACGACCAGAGCGUCGCUGCGGAGAUUCCAUCUCCUGAUGAGCAAUCUCUUCUACGAAAGCUACGACGAGAUGGCGGAUUUGGCGUUCCUCGGGCUCCCAGAUAA